GAGAGCGCGCGCUACUCCUCAUUAGCGGGAAGAAACAUCAAACGUCAAUUAACGGAAUUAACGGUUUUGCGCUCGUGAUGUCUGUUUAAUUAUAAUUGACUAUUAUUAUUAUUAUUAUUAUUAUUAUUAUUGUUGUUGUUGUUGUUGUUAUUUCCGUUGUGUUAACUCGGUAGAAUCAUGCACGCUCCCGUGUGCGCGCUCCUCUGGCUGUGUGUGCUGGGUUCUCUACCCGGUUCUGUUCCCGGUCCGGUUCUGACACCCCCGCUGGUCGGUGAGUCCUCGCGCUCCUUCCCGGUGCUGACCGUGAGCUACGAGCGCGUGCGCCGGCCGUUGGAGGUGUGUCUGUGGAUCCUCCUGGCGUCCGUACUGAAACUGGGGUUCCACAUCAUCCCCGGGUUCUCCCGAUUUGUCCCUGAGAGCUGUGUGCUGAUCAUGGUUGGUUUGAUGGUUGGAGUUCUCAUUAAGCUUUUGGGUGAAACACUUCCGGUUUUGGACACCCAGCUCUUCUUCCUGUGUCUCCUUCCCCCCAUCAUCCUGGAUGCUGGAUAUUUCCUGCCUCUGCGCCCCUUCAGCGAGAACAUGGGCUCCAUCUUAGUGCUGGCCGUGCUGGGAACGCUCUGGAACUCCAUCUUCGUUGGAGUGGUGAUAUAUGGAGUGUGUAAAGCAAUCGGGGUCCAGAUAGACAAAAUCAGCCUGCUUUCCUGCCUGCUGUUUGGGUCCAUUUCAUCUGCUGUGGAUCCAGUUUCCGUCCUUGCUGUCUUUGAGGAAAUUCACAUAAAUGAACUUCUCCACAUUCUAGUGUUUGGAGAGUCGCUGCUUAAUGAUGCUGUUACUGUGGUAUUAUAUCACCUGUUGGAGGAGUUUGCUGGCAGGGGUACAGUAGAGCUCAGUGACGCUGUACUGGGUGUGCUAAGCUUCCUGGUGGUGGCAAUGGGGGGCAUCAUGGUGGGCGUGGUUUAUGGCAUCAUGGCGGCUGUCACCUCUCGCUUCACCUCACACUCACGUGUCAUCGAGCCACUUUUCGUCUUUCUCUACAGCUACCUGGCGUACCUGUCAGCUGAGGUGUUCAACCUGUCUGGGAUCAUGGCUCUGAUUGUGUGUGGUGUGGUCAUGCGGCCCUACGUCGAGGCCAACAUUUCCCACAAGUCCUACACCACUAUAAAGUACUUUCUGAAGAUGUGGAGCAGUGUGAGUGAGACGCUCAUCUUCAUCUUCCUUGGUGUUUCCACGAUAGCAGGGCCGCAUCACUGGAAUUUCAUCUUCAUCACCUUCACCAUCAUCCUGUGCCUCAUGUCCCGUGUGCUAGGAGUAUUGGGACUGAGCCUCAUCAUGAAUAAAUUCCGCAUGGUGAAGUUAACAGGUAAAGACCAGUUCAUCCUGGCCUUCGGGGGACUGCGGGGAGCCAUCGCGUUCUCGCUGGCCUUCCUGCUCUCCAGUGAACACUUCCCCAUGAAGAACAUGUUCCUCACUUCCAUCAUCACACUCAUUUUCUUUACAGUCUUUGUUCAGGGAAUGACAAUACGGCCCCUGGUGGAGCUUCUGGCAGUAAAGAAGAGAAGCCACACCAAGUUUACUAUUAAUGAGGAAAUACAUACACAGUUUCUUGACCAUGUGCUGAUGGGAGUCGAGUGUAUCUGUGGUAGUUAUGGACACCUUCACUGGAAAGACAAACUGAGCCGAUUCAAUAAGCGUUACCUGAGGAAGUGGCUGAUCUCAGGAGACAGGUCUGAGGAGCCGCAGCUUGUCUCCCUCUAUAACAAACUGGAGAGGAAGCAGGCACUGUUCCUAGUGGCAAAGGGUGGAACUACAGCCAGUUUAAAACCAUCACUUGACUCUCCUGCAUCAUUAUUACUGAGUGGUCAGAGUGAGAGGAAAAACAUGAUGAAGAUCACAAAGCAACAAGAGGAGGCAAUCCAGAACAUUCUUAGAGCAAAACUGCAGAAAUCAAAUCAGAGGAUGCGCUCAUACAGUAGACACACACUGCUGCUGGAUGAUGAGGUGGCCGAGUGGCGUGAGACUCAGCUGCACAGACAGAGAGCACUGAUGGAGCAGAGGAUAAGUCACUACUUGACUGUCCCAGCUAAAAGACAGUCCCCUCCUGUCAGGAGAGCAAACUUCAUUUUCACAGAUCCACCAGAGCAGUGUCCUGCUCCUACAGACACGGUGCAGAUAGUGCAUGAGACACAGGACAGUGUCCAAAAAGUCCAAGUCAACUAAACGAUAGAUUCGAUUAACAAUGAACAAGAUGAUCCACAGAUGGAGCGAGAUGGAGUGUGUGGGAUCCAGGAUGGCUCCUGUGAAGGUGCAGAAAUAUCCUCAACCUCUCACCAACCUGGAAGUGAGCAAAAUUGAGAAGGAAGAUGAAGAAGCUUCUUAUGAAGAAUGCAGUGUUAAAGGAGUCAGAAAGCACCAACCGAACACACACCUGGCACCUGAGAGAGUAUUCACUAGUCAUUCUAGAGGGAAUUUAGAGGUCCUGACAACCAUGCAGUUGUGUACAGUGAGUAGUGUGUAAGCUCUCACGCACCUCACUCUGCGUCUGUGGAAUAAAUAGACUUCUGUAGGAUUCAAUUUUAAAUGCCUAUUUUAAUUGUCUGUGUGUAAAAAUUUUUUUAAGAUGUAAUA